AUAUAAUUAACCUUAAUACAAAUAGCCCUUGUGACAAUGGGAGUAGCAAUUUGGGCAAAGGUACUUCACUGGUCAAGGCCUAGACUUUCAGGGUUGGGUUUUUCUUGUUUGUUUGGGUUGGUUGAUUGUUUUUAAUGCCCGCAGCUGUUUCAGGUAGUUCAACAAGACAUUACCAGCUUUAGUAUUUUAAAAAUGCAGCUGUGCGUGUUCUUAAAGGUUACAAUCCUGCAGAUUCUUGACCUGGUUUAAAUCAGGCUGCAGGUCUAUAAGCUAAAUCAUCCUUGCAGCCUGUCUGCAUGUGCUGGUGCCUUGUACUCCUUGGACCUCCCGCCUAAUGCUUUCCCCAGGCUCCCUGCCGUGUGCAGGCCUGGUGUCUGCUCCAAGAGCUGCCUCCUCUACUGCCUGUGGCUGCUGCCUCCAGUGAUGUGAUUAGCCUUGUUUGGUUGCUGCAGGCCUUGCCCUUCAGCCCUCCACCAUAGGGACUACGCUUUCAAAUUCUGCAUCUGUACCUAUGACAGGCUUUGUUUAAAAAACAAAAUGGACUAAGAAAACCAACACCCAAAACCACUCUUUCAGUGGUUAAUGCCGUGCUGAGUACAAAGUUAAUGCAAGACCUGAUCACACCUUCUCUCAAAUUUCUGGUAGCUCAGGAGUGGGGCACAAAGAAUAAGUCUAUUUACUCUGUGAACAUCUUUAUCUGAGCAGCGACAGAAUGAUCUGCUGGGGAACCGGGAAGCAGCUUACGAUCUCAUUUCUUAUCACUAAUACAGGGUAAUUUUGGGGGCUGAAUUAGUCCCGGGGCACUUACAGGCAAGGUCUAUGUCUCGGUUUCAGGUUGUGUGUCAGCAGCUUCUGACUGCCGUUAGGUGAUUACGGUAACCUUUGGUAUGAUUGUGUAGCAGAUAAUAGCUGCCCUUCUUGGAAGAGGGUGCAAGAACGUCUUUAGCUGUAGUGGCUGGUGUGUACUUCCUUGUGUGUCUGUGAUGGGGCUAGCAAGCCUGAAUAUUCCAUAUUCAAAGCCAGAACCAUCUUUAUUAUCAGAUAAGGGGUCUACUUUAAAGAGAAACUUGAAAAAGGUUUUGGUUAUACCCUCUCCCUUUCCCCACACCAGAAACAACCCGAGAUCAUGAGGUUAACACAAGGGGAUGCCUGAUAUAUCAGUGGCUGUUGGCUUCAGUGAGGCUCUAGGUUUCUACCUGGUUCAAGCACAGUGUGUCAUGGCCUCCAUAAAUGGCUACAGAGCAAGGCAGAGGCUUUUUUUUCUGGAAUAGGAACAGAAAUGUAGAGAUCUCAUUGCGUUCUUAGUUCUUAGGGCAAAGGUUUUCCUGCUGCUUGACCUGUUUUUUCCAGGAGGGAGGGGAGAGUAAGGGAUUGGAGAAAACAACUCCUCCUCUUCUUGCAUGGUUUACUUCAUUAAAUAAUCAGCCAUCAAGUUGAUAGUGUACUUGCUAAGGUCUCGUUCUGCGCUGGUGUGCUGAGGCAGCAGGGCACAGGAACGAAAAUGGUUCCUGAGCAUGUCGGGAAUCCUCCUCUUGUCCUUGUGUAGAAAUAGUAGGGCUAUAUGGAGCACGGAGUAAAAUGCCUGUAUAGCCUGGUGUGCCAGCUCUGUUGCUCCGACCAGCAGAGAGCACUGAUGGUGAAUUACAACUUCAGCUCUCGCUGAUUGGGACACUUUCCUGUGCUGGGUGUGCACUGUGCCUCCAGGCUGGUGUGGGAGCAGGGCUUGGUGCACGUGCGGAUGACCGGCGUGAGCUGGGAGUCAGGCAGAGGAGACUGUCCUUUUUGCGGUCUUCUUGAGCUGAAAGGAUGAAAAUUGGUGAUUGGAAAGUCACUGCCACUGUCCUAAGCUUCAUCCUAACUUCUGAAGUCCCAGUUGAUGUCUUUGGGUGUACGAGCCUGCGAGAGUGUCCGCCGUCCCCUUCCAUGAUUUAGACAGCAGCUUGGAGCAUGCAUCAUUAGCGGGAUGGUCGGCCACCAAAGCUGCAAUGUCGUCCCUGACGACCUCCAGUGAGGGAGAGAACUCCACUCCCAGGUUUGUUGUUGGUUCCAGGGAUGAUGAGACAGACUUUCUGGGAUCAAACAUGAAGACAGACGAAACUGAUUUCUUUGAAGAUGAUGAAGAGGAGGAGUCGCCACCUGAACGGCAGAUUGUGGUUGGAAUCUGUGCCAUGACAAAAAAGUCCAAGUCAAAGCCCAUGACACAGAUUCUGGAGCGUCUGUGCAAGUUUGAGUAUAUCACAGUGGUGAUUAUGGGGGAAGACGUUAUUCUGAAUGAACCAGUGGAGAACUGGCCCUCUUGUGACUGCCUAAUAUCGUUCCACUCCAAAGGAUUCCCUCUGGAUAAAGCAGUUGCUUAUGCCAAGCUGUGCAAGCCAUUUCUGAUUAAUGACCUUGAUAUGCAGUAUUAUAUCCAGGACAGGCGUGAAGUGUAUCGGAUCCUUCAGGAAGAGGGAAUAGACUUGCCCCGCUAUGCUGUGCUCAAUCGGGACCCUGAUAGACCAGAAGAGUGCAACUUGGUGGAAGGAGAGGACCACGUGGAGGUGAAUGGAGCUGUUUUCCCAAAGCCAUUUGUAGAGAAACCAGUCAGUGCUGAAGACCAUAAUGUGUAUAUUUACUACCCGACGUCAGCAGGUGGGGGCAGCCAGCGACUCUUUCGGAAGAUUGGCAGCCGGAGUAGCGUGUACUCCCCAGAGAGCAGUGUAAGGAAGACAGGCUCGUACAUUUAUGAGGAGUUCAUGCCUACAGAUGGCACUGAUGUAAAGGUGUACACUGUUGGGCCGGACUAUGCCCACGCGGAGGCUCGCAAAUCCCCUGCUUUGGAUGGGAAGGUUGAACGGGACAGUGAAGGGAAAGAAAUUCGUUACCCAGUCAUGCUGACUGCCAUGGAGAAACUAGUUGCCCGGAAAGUCUGUGUAGCCUUUAAGCAAACAGUGUGUGGGUUCGACCUCCUGCGGGCAAAUGGCCACUCUUUUGUUUGCGACGUGAACGGCUUCAGUUUCGUGAAGAACUCUAUGAAGUAUUAUGAUGACUGUGCCAAAAUCCUAGGAAAUAUAAUCAUGCGUGAAUUGGCUCCCCAGUUUCAUAUUCCCUGGUCCAUCCCAACAGAGGCAGAAGACAUUCCCAUUGUCCCCACAACUUCAGGCACCAUGAUGGAGCUUCGUUGUGUUAUUGCAGUCAUCCGGCAUGGAGAUCGCACCCCAAAGCAGAAGAUGAAGAUGGAAGUUAAGCAUCCCCGGUUCUUUGAAUUAUUUGAGAAAUAUGAUGGCUACAAGACAGGGAAGUUGAAGCUGAAGAAACCAGAGCAGCUACAGGAAGUGCUGGACAUUGCACGGCAACUUGUGGUGGAGCUGGGAACCCACAGCGACUGCGAGAUUGAGGAGAGGAAAUCCAAACUGGAACAGCUGAAGAGCGUCUUGGAGAUGUAUGGACAUUUUUCUGGCAUUAACCGUAAGGUUCAGUUGACCUAUCUGCCUCAUGGACAUCCAAAAGCCGCAAGUGAAGAUGAAGAAGCUCGUCGAGAGUCUUCCCCAUCUCUUCUCCUCGUGCUUAAGUGGGGUGGAGAGCUGACCCCAGCAGGAAGAGUCCAGGCAGAAGAGCUGGGGCGAGCCUUUCGCUGUAUGUACCCUGGUGGCCAAGGUGAUUACGCUGGUUUCCCUGGAUGUGGCUUGCUCAGGCUGCACAGCACCUAUCGUCAUGAUCUCAAGAUCUACGCCUCAGAUGAGGGACGAGUUCAGAUGACAGCAGCAGCUUUUGCAAAGGGUCUGCUGGCCCUGGAAGGAGAGCUGACCCCCAUCCUUGUGCAAAUGGUGAAAAGUGCCAAUAUGAACGGUCUCCUGGACAGUGACAGCGAUUCCCUUAGCAGCUGUCAACACAGAGUGAAGGCACGACUGCAUGAAAUCAUGCAGAAGGAUGCUGAGUUCUGUGAAGAAGAUUAUGAAAAGCUAGCACCUACAGGCAGUGCUUCUCUGCUCAACUCCAUGACAUUUAUCCAGAACCCCGUAGAGGUCUGUAACCAGGUGUUCACCCUGAUUGAGAAUCUCACCUCCCAGAUACAAAAACGUCUGGAAGACCCAAAAUCUGCAGACCUGCAGCUGUACCACAGUGAGACUUUAGAACUGAUGCUGCAACGCUGGAGUAAGCUGGAGCGAGAUUUCCGCAUGAAGAAUGGGCGUUAUGACAUCAGCAAGAUCCCUGAUAUCUAUGACUGCAUCAAGUAUGACGUACAGCACAACUGUGCACUGAAACUGGAAGGCACAGCUGAACUCUUCAAACUCUCCAAAGCCCUGGCAGAUGUGAUCAUACCCCAGGAAUAUGGGAUUAAUAAGGAGGAGAAACUUGAGAUUGCUAUUGGCUUUUGUCUUCCUCUCAUUAAAAAGAUCCAGUUGGACCUACAGAGAACUCAUGAAGAUGAGUCUGUCAACAAACUACAUCCCUUGUACUCAAGAGGAGUUCUGUCACCAGGUCGCCAUGUUCGGACACGGCUCUACUUCACCAGUGAGAGUCAUGUGCACUCUCUGCUCAGUAUCUUCCGCUAUGGGGGGCUCCUGGAUGAAAACAAAGACCAGCAGUGGAAGAGAGCCAUGGACUAUUUGAGUGCUAUCUCAGAGCUGAACUACAUGACCCAGAUUGUUAUCAUGCUCUACGAGGACAACAACAAGGACCCAUCUUCAGAGGAGCGUUUCCAUGUGGAGCUGCAUUUCAGCCCCGGCGUGAAAGGCUGUGAGGAAGACAGAAACGUGCCCACAGGGUUUGGCUUUCGGCCUGCCUCCGCAGAGAAUGAGGACAAGAAGGCAGACCAAGGCAGCCUGGAGGACCUGUCCAAAGAGAAGGGCAUUGAUGAGCCAGAUCAUGCACAGCAAAGGUCUCCGCAGCCUUCCGAGCCAGUCAGCAUUCAGCGGAGAUCACCGCUGAUCAGGAACCGGAAGACAGGGUCCAUGGAGGUGCUGUCUGAAUCCUCUUCCAAAUCGGGAGGUUAUCGCCUCUUCAGCACUUAUUCCAGGCAGUCUUCUGAGAUGAAGCAAAGUGGCUUAGGGUCACAAUGCACCGGCCUGUUUAGCACCACUGUGCUGGGAGGCUCCUCCAGUGCCCCCAACCUCCAGGACUACGCACGCAGCCAUGGCAAAAAGUUUGCCAGCAGCCUGACAUACAAAGACGAGCUCUUGUCUAUGCCAGCCGUAAAACGAUUUUCUGUGUCGUUUGCAAAGCAUCCGACUAAUGAUGCGUUUGAGCACCACCACGUUGCCCAGUUGCUGCGCCGCUUUUCCUCUGACUGUGCCACGAGCCGGAACAUCUCCCUGGAUGCCACUCUAGCCCAUCACCUGCAGCAGUGCUCCUACCACCUGCGCCUCUUCAGGAGCUGGCUGAUCUCAGGGCAGGAUGACUUGGAGUGUCUUUACGGUUUUGAAGGCUGUUCCAUGGUUCCCACCAUUUAUCCCCUGGAGACCCUGCACAACUCCCUUUCUUUGCGACAGGUCAACGAGUUCCUGACAGCUGUGUGCAGGAAUUGCAGUGAAUCACAUGUCCAGUCUACUGCAGCUUUGUUUGAUUCAAUGAUUGGCAGCCAGAUACCAGGAGACCCCUUUAUGUCCCAGCGAAUCCUGUCAUCAUCCUCUUUGCCAUUGCGCCAGCGUUCGGAUAAGCCCCCUUGGUACAGCAGUGGCCCCUCCAGUACUGUCUCCAGUGCAGGCCCAUCCUCCCCAACUUCUGUGGACAACUGUGCUCGUUUCAGCUUCACCGAGAAACUCUCCAUCAGUCCCCCGAAAAGUGAGGAGCAUCUGACUAGCCAGUUCCCUGAGCAGGGAGAGAGACAGCCGCCAGGCAGAGGGCUUGACGUGGAGGUGGGGAUGUCUGGGUUGUCAGUGGCAGAGCCAAGUACCACAGAGAGCCUGACCUGGAAUAAGGGCCCAGAGCCAGGCAGUGUCCUGGAGCUGUGCAAGAAGGAGCUGGCGGAGGAGGAUUCUAACCCAGAGGAGAAGAGCAUGGUGGAGCUGGAUGAAGAAGAGUCAGCUGGAGAAAUGCCAGAGCCAAGUAACACAGGGAAUCCCAAGGGUGGUGCAGGGUCUGAUAUAAGGCUGGCUGGGGAGAGAGUGAAGCCAGCUGAGGGGUAUACAGGGGGAAUGACUGGCCUGGAUCAGUCAGGGCUGUCCAAGGAGAGCUUGGCGCCCUGUGAAGAGGAGCUGCUGGGAGAGGUGUUGGACCCAAAGCAUAUGGGCAAGGAGUUGCUGGGGGGCAGUGCUCCGUCAGGCCAGCUUCUGUCUGGUGACCUGUGCCAGGUGCAGCCACUUCCUCCUGAGGAAAGUGUGGAGGAGCUGCAGCCGCUGUGUCAGGAGGAUCAGCAGAAUUAGCAGCUCGCUGGACAGCACACUGCAAGCGCUUCUAGCCUGGAGGUAGCCCAGCUUCCUGCACAGCACUUCAUGCAGCUGGCUGUCCACAGCACAAGCCAUGUCCCAAGACCACAGGACUCUGGGGUGUGGAAGAGUCUGCCCUGCUCCUCCACAAGCCAGCUCUUUGCCAUUUGGCAAGAGACAAUGCCCCAUCUGCCUUGAACAACAAAUGCAGUCUUGGUGCUGGCAUGGCACCUCUGUGGAGCAGGGACACGGGGCUGCAUUAGUGUCCCAAGGGCUGUAUGCUUACUGGGACAGCAGUUAGAGGAUUGGUACAGCCAAGGCUUUUGGGGUGGUAAGUCCAAAUGGGACAGAUGCUCCCUUGAGACUUUUUGGCCCAUAGCCUUCAGAGAAAGGCGUUCCGGCCCAAAGUAAUCAGAUCCAUCACAACCACCAACCUCCUCUCUGUUCCUUCCUUCUUCCUCUCUCAAUUCCCACCACUGGCCACCAAAAACUGGUCCAGAGAGUCCAUGGCAGGAAGACUAGGAGAAGCAGAAAGCAUUCUGAAUGAGUGUGGGAAAGAGAGUAAUGAGGGGAUCAGGUUAAAGACUGCCACUUGCAAGAGAAUGUCUCUGGUGUGGACUUGAAUGUUUUCCUGCCGGGCUGGGGUAGGCAGGCAGGAGCCCAGGGAUCCAGCCUGAGAGAGGUGGGCAGGGAGGGCACACACGGGUUUUUUUCUAGUCCCCAAGGGUCAGGCAGGGUACAGCUCUGAAGACUUGGUGACGGAAAUUAAAAGAAACUGCUAUUUGAACAAAUCAGGAUUAUUAGAAACCAAUAAGGAGAAAUCUUUAUUAUAUAUAAAAUGAAAACUAUUUAAUACAUAUUUAUGUAAAUGACUUGUGAGCACAAGCCUGAGGGCAAGAUUGACACGGGUGUCCCUGCCACAUCCUGAGUGCAGGCCAGGGCUGUGCCUCCUGUGUCGCCUGUAUUUAUGAACAAGUCUGUGUGUCUGUCUGUAGCUAGGAUCUGUGUUUUUGUGAAGCUGUGCCCAAAGAUCUCCAUGCUGUGUUGUGAUGAUGUGUCUUCACAGUAAAUCUAUGCUGUGGGUCCCA